GGCGAGCGGCAUCCACUGAUUAGUUUCCGGUAGAAGAAGAAAACUGACCGUAGCUGAAACAGUUCCUCUUAUUUCAAAACACAGAGCAGUGAAAGGUGGGCAAAGAGAAGAAGAAUGGAUGCGCUCGCACACAUCCUUACAGAUCCCCUUGAUCCAAAGGAGGAAAACGGUGGACAAAUUACAGAAGAAUGCAUGCUGGGGAACUCCAGAGUGAACCUUCCGGAGGACCUACUUGAGGACCCCGACAUUUUCUUCUCUGUGAUGAGUGAAAGCACCUGGAGUGAAGUACUGUCAGAUUCCCAGAGGCACCACCUUCGCCAGUUUUUGCCACAGUUUCCUGACAACAAUGUUGUGGAGCAGGAUAGCACCGUCAAUGACCUGUUCAGCAACAGAAAUUUUAACUUUGGAAAUCCCCUUCAUCUUGCACAGAAACUAUUCAGAGAUGGUUACUUCAAUCCUGAGGUGGUCAAGUACCGGCAGUUGUGUGCCAAGUCCCAGAAGAAACGACAGCUGUACACCCUUCAGCAGUACUACCACAGACUACUAAAGCAGAUCCUUGUCUCCAGAAAGGAACUGCUGGACUUUGCAGUUCACAAUGGUCCUUACUUUCCACCAAAAAGAAGGCUAUCAGCCAAGACUCAUGCAGAAAUGCGAGAGCCAAGAGUGAGAAGACGACUGAGCCAUAUACUGAAAGAGGUCAAACUUGAAUGUGGAGACAGCAAUGCUUCAUCUGAUGAUGAUGACAUAUCAUUAUGGACUCCUGCACCUCAGUCCCCCUCAUCUCCAACAGUCUCCCUCAGAGUUCUUCCUAGCCUCUCCACCCAAGACAUGAAGACUACAGAGAAAAUAGAAUUAGGUGAGCGAGAUUUGAAAAUCAUGCUGCUUAACCAUCGCGAGAAGCGGAAGCGACAGCCUGACCAUCCAGACUUGAUAACUUCUGACAUUCACCUUGGAGAUAUUCUUUCAAGAGCAAAUAUUGGCCGUAAGGGGACAAUGCCGUUGUUUGAUCUGACUUUGCCUAAGAAGAAGAUAAGAGAUGAAAGGAGGAAGAAGAAAUUGAGGACAAUAAAAAUGGAAUCUGAGGAUCCCGUUGAAUGUCUUGGACCUUCAGAUGACACAUCGGCUCCACCUAUGAAUAUCAUCAACUCCCUCCCAGACAAGCCUUCUACUCCACUAACCAACAUCAAGGAGGAAGUUGUGGAGGAGUGUCAGAGCAGCCCGGUUACAGUUGAGGAAAUAGCUGUCAGUUUCUUCAGCCUGUUGGAAAACAUCUUGAGGGCAGAAAAUCUUGCCAGUACCUCAAUGUUGGAGGAGAAAGUUCAAAUGUGGCAGUCUUCUCCAGCCAGUUCCCUCAAUGUGUGGUUUACAUCUGCCUCAUGUUGGUCAGACUUGGUUCUUCAAGGACUGCAGUUUCUUGCAGGAGAGACUAAAGAUGGAAUGAUGGCACUCCCCAGUGGGUUUUCUCCAUUUGUGGAAUUUGUCGAUGAAUCUCAGCAGUGGAGGUGGAUUGGUCCCACUCAGGACACAGAGAAGGAUCUCAGUGCACUCUGUCAGCUGUGGCUGGACUCCAAAGAUUUUAUUGUCAAGACAGAAAAUGAAGACAUGUUAGAGAUGACUCCCACGCCAAGACUUUCGACUGAUUAUGUGGUGCGGCCCAGCACUGGAGAUGAAAGACAAGUGUUUCAAGUCCAGGAGCAGCAACGAUACAACCAGCCACACAAAGCUUUCACCUUCAGGAUGCACGGCUUUGAAUCCGUGGUGGGGCCUGUUAAAGGGGUGUUUGAUAAGGAGAUGUCUCUCAACAAAGCCAGGGAGCACACACUGCUCCGCUCAGACCGUCCACCAUAUGUCACAAUUCUCUCUCUGGUGCGGGAUGCAGCAGCCAGGUUACCCAAUGGUGAAGGAACAAGGGCAGAGAUCUGCGAGCUGUUGAAAGACUCACAAUUUCUCGCUCCAGAGGUCACAAGUGCGCAGGUCAACACUGUUGUCAGUGGGGCUCUGGACAGACUUCACUAUGAGAAAGACCCCUGUGUGAAAUAUGACAUUGGCCGCAAGCUGUGGAUUUACCUUCACCGCCAUCGUAGUCAAGAGGAGUUUGAGAGGAUCCAUCAGGCUCAAGCUGCAGCUGCAAAAGCAAGAAAAGCUCUGCAACAGAAACCUAAACCAGCAUCUAAGCCUAAGUCUGGAUGUAAAGAUGGAGGUAGCAAAACCCCUGGAUGUCUGGACUCAGGACAGGAUACAGUUUCUAAUCCUAUGUCACCAACCCCUACAACACCCACCCCAAACACACCUGGAACCCCAAAGUCACCCCUACCUUGCGCAGCCACCACACCAACAAAGACUGGAGUACAAGAUACAAUCAAAACCAAUCCCAGCGUUCUUCUUGUGUCACCUCCACCAUUGCCCCAGCUGGGAACCAUCUUACCCACCAGUCAGGCUUGUCCACCAGCAUCACAGCCAGUUACCUCCCAACACGCGGCUCGAAUAGUGAGUCAGCUUACGACUGGCUCCCUCCCUCAGGUUCGGGUUGUUUCUGCUCAGCCGGGUCUCAGUUCUUCAGCAGGAAGUCAGCAGGCCACACUGGUCCAUCAGACCCCUCACCAGAUCAGGAUGCCAGUGUCAGUGGCAGCCAAAGGCAUUUCACAGGCAGUGGUUUCUGUGCCUCUAAGGACUCAGUCUGCUAGUAGUCCAGUUCAGGCUCCAACCACACUGUCUGUGUCAGCUGUAACUGUAGCCAAACCUCAAACUGGAUCACCUGGUAGUCCGGCUAACAACCCUCCUUCUCCAGCUUUGCUGCAAGGAGUUGCCAGUCCAAACAUCAAACAGGUGUCUAUCACAGGGCAGCUGGGAAUAAAGACUCCAGGAGGAGCAGGAAUUCCAAUAACUGCUACAAACCUACGCAUCCAGGGUAAAGAUGUCCUACGUCUUCCUCCAUCUUCCAUUACCACAGAUGCUAAAGGCCAGACAGUGCUGCGGAUCACACCAGACAUGAUGGCAACUCUCGCCAAAUCGCCUGUUGCAACUGUGAAACUCUCCUCUGACUUUUUGGGCACUGCCACCACAGGCAGCAAGAGCAUAUCAGCCACUCUCCAUGUGACGCCACCCCAUCAUUCAACUUCCUCUGUCUCCAGUGCUACAUCGUGCACAGGAGAAGUACAGACCACUAAAGCAGGACCCGUUACCUCCACCUUGUUAAAGGCUGCAGGAGACACAGCUAUUCGCUUGAUGCCCACUUUGGCUGUCACUAUGGCUGACCAAAAACCCAGGACCUUCUCUACCAUCAGCUCUCCUGACAAGAGUGGUGCCACCAUUCGGAUAAUGCCAGGCCUUGGCGUCAUUCCACAGAAGCAGGGUCAGACCAUCACAGUGACAACCACUGCUGGCAACAAAACACUCACAGCAUCUACAUGUGCAAAUGUAGUGACCAUGGCUGCCAGUGUUGUGGCUGGUGCCAAGGGGAUUGCAGUGGCUCCUGGUGUCUCAGGUUCACCAUUAUCACUAGGAACAGCAACAGCUACUGUGCGGCAGGUCCCCGCUACAGUUGUUACUACACAAACAGGGAAGUUACCUGCACGGAUCACUGUGCCCCUCUCUGUCCUCAACCAACCACUGAAGAGCAAGAGCGUUGUGACAACGCCAAUAGUAAAAGGAAGUCUAAAUACAAAUAUCAGCAGCCUGGGCAGGAACAUCAUUCUGACCACUAUGCCUGCUGGCACCAAACUGAUAGCAGGAAACAAACCUGUCAGCUUUGUUACAGCGCAACAGUUCCAACAGCUUCAGCAGCAAGGACAGGCCACACAGGUCCGGAUCCAGACUGUUCAGACGCAGCAGCUCCAGCAGCACAUGGCAACAGGCUCCCCAAAAUCAGUUUCAACAGUUGUAGUCACUACAGCUCCUUCACCCAAAUGCCCACCUGAACCUCCACCUGCUCCACCGCAGUGAUCUGAUCUUGUCAGCCAGCUGUAGAUCGUUGGUUCAGUGCAUUAUACAAGCUUCAGUACUUCACUGUUGCAGUUUGUUUGCAUCCUAAUUUCAUCAGUUAUGCCCUUAUACUCUUAGAAGAUGGAUAAUAUCCACAAAAGCCAGAAACUUAAUUCUUUCAAACUUAAUAUCACACACCAUGAAGAAAAUUGUCAUUAGUCCUUAACAAAAUUUUAUUGUCCACAUUGUUAUGGCCAAAUGCAUCAUAAAUAUAAUCAAAGAGGUGCAGUGAUUCCAUGACAAUUCUACAGACAUGAAGUACAUGUUCCUUCCGUGACUGAUAGACUUUAUAAGACUAGUUACUUUGUCCUCUUUGUCACAUCUAUUUUCAUAUGUUUCUGUAUGUGCAGUGAGACGGACUGAAUUAUUUCAGUGUUAUGACUUAAUAUAUUAUUUGUUCUUUUA